AUGGAAAACAAUGCCGUUGAUAUCAUAUCAGGUCUUAAUGGAGAAGGUGUCAACUCACCUACUUAUGUAACACCUGGCAUCACCGGUAGUGGCUAUGCUUUGAAGCUCAUCAGUAGUAGUAAUCAAUACAUAACAAUAUCAACCUAUCAAAGUUUUGUUUCUACCAGUUUCACAAUAGAAAUGUGGAUUUAUCCUACUACAUUAAGCAGUAAUUUUUAUUAUGGACUUUUCAAUCAAUAUCAAUCAUUAACUACAGAUCACAAUCUAUAUGUUUGUCUUUAUGGUGGAAACUUGAAGAUGGGGUUUUGGUCUGAUGAUGUUGUAAGUGGAACUACAUUGUCGAUAAACACUUGGUACCACGUAGCGUUUGUGUACGAUUAUUCAUCUCGAACACAAAUUAUUUAUAUAAACGGAGUUCAAGAUAUUAGUCGUAGCUCAGCCGGACCAUACUUAGGCACAAGUGGUUCUAUUAGUAUUGGAAAUUAUUAUGAUGGUAUCAAUCAUGGAUACGACGGUUACAUUGAUCAAGUUACGCUCUACAUGAAUGCUAGAAAUGCAAGUGAUAUUCUUUCGGACGCUACUUUGACUACAUGGCAUUCAUUUGAUUGUGGAAUAUCUUAUGAUUCGGGCCCAAAUAAAAUCAAUGGGACGGCUAAUAAUGUUAUAUUAGCAUCUGGUAGAGUAGGUCAAGGAUUAAGCUUUAGUUUGCGGUCAUCUUAUUAUCAGUUAUAUGGAUUUUCCGUUCUUGGGAUCUCAAAUCAUCCAUACUCGAUAUCGUUAUGGAUUCAACGAACAUCAACCGGUGGCGGAACUCUUGUUCAUGUUUCGUCACAAACAGAUGGAGGAGGAUGGUGUCUUGAUUUUAUGGGAUUUUCUUCGAGUGGGCAAAUAGUAGGCUCUAGUUGGGACGGUGCCGUUGAAGAAGUAGUAGGUCCCGUUGUGUCAACCAAAGUCUGGACGCAUGUCGCCACUACUUUUUCAACUAUAAAUGGUGUUCGAUUGUAUGUCAAUGGAGGUUUCAUUGGUUCUACGGGUGCAAUGGCAUAUGCAGCUUCAGGAACAUCAAACACGGUGAUAUUGGGUAAUCCACGAGCAGCUGGGUGCGCUGCUAAAUCAAUUGUUUCAGGUACUUUUUAUGGCUAUUUAGAUGAAUUUCGACUAUAUUCUCGAGAACUCAGUGCCAGAGAGGUCUCUGCAUUUACUAAAGACAAAACCUGCAGUGAUGGACUUAUGAAUGGUGAUGAAACGGACACCGAUUGUGGAGGUUCAUGCGUUACAUGUGUUGCAGGUCAAAAUUGCACAUUGACAAAAGAUUGUGAUAAUGCUCAGUGUACCAAUAGUACCUGUGUAGCAUACAACACGCUGAUAGACAAUGCUGUAUGGUCAUCAACGGGCGAGACUGUGGCCGGAACUGGCUCGAACACUACUCUAUCAUUGAAUGGACCAGGUCCCAUUGUUUUUGAUCUUAACAAUAAUCUAUAUGUGAAUGAUUAUGGUAACCAUCGCGUCAUUUUGUAUCCAAGUAAUGGAGCUAUGCCAACCGUCAUCGCUGGCAAUGGGAUAGCAGGAUCGGAAAUGAAUCAACUAAAUUUACCAAACGGUAUAGAUGUGGAUAAUAAUGGAACACUAUAUAUAGCAGACUCAAGUAACCAUCGAAUUCAACAAUGGUUUCCAGGAGCGUCGAGUGCAACAACAGUGGCUGGAAUAACAGGCAGCAGUGGUUCACAUUUAAAUCAACUAAACUACCCUCAAAGCGUUGCAGUCGAUUCCGUUGGCAACAUGUACAUUUCUGAUGGAAGCAACUAUCGUGUUCUCAAAUGGCCCGUAGGUGUCUCUCAAGGCAUUGUAGUCGCUGGUAACGAAGUUACUGGCUGGUCUUUGAACAAUAUCGGUUAUGCAUCUGAUGCGAAAUUCGACUCGAGUGGUAAUAUUUAUGUACCAGACUACUAUGACGGACGCGUCCUCAAGUGGACUCCACCAUCAUUAUCAGGUAUCUUAGUCGCCGGACAAAUUGGUAGUUCCGGAUCAAAUGCAGAUCAAUUAGAUGAACCCUCGCAUGUUAUCAUCGAUUCGGCUGGAAACAUUUAUAUAUGCGAUGCCGGUAACAAUAGAAUUCAGCGAUGGGUCAAUGGAUCAUCUACGGGUUCCACAAUCGUCGGCACUGGAAUAGCUGGUCUAGACUCCAAUCAAUUAAACACUCCAUUUGGUAUCGCUUUUGAUUCGUUCAACAAUUUGUAUGUUGCGGAUGCUAACAAUAAUCGCAUCCAACGAUUUAAUUUAACACAUGCUUGAGUGAUGAUAAUAAUGAAAGAAACUUUAGAUUUCAAUUAGAAUACAACUAAUUAUAACUAUUCUUCAUAGGCUUAUCAAAAAACUUGGCGUGUGUGUGCCAAGAAAAUAGAUGGACAUCAUUUCGAAUACCACCACCCCUUUGCUUUAACACAUUUAUCUUUCUCUUGUUCUGUUUCUUUUCUCUUAUUCGCUUUCUUUCUUUUUUCUUCUGCUUCUUUAAUAUUGCCCGUUCAGACAAGAACAAUGAAUAGGAAGGUUGCUUUGAAAUGUAAUAAAAAGGAUUAGUCCAAAUUAUGUUUAGAUACUCGAAGACGUAAUACAGUAUGAACCAUGAGCUCAGUAAAGAAGCAAUAAGAAUUAUUUUGUUUUUGCUUGCUAUUAUAUUUUUGUCUUUUAUUAUUCAAUAAACGUCAUAUAUUCCUGAAAUAUCUACCUUACUCAUAAUUCCGUAACAG